AUGGACUAUUUUGAUGAUGAGCCUCUUGAGUCUGAGAUCAAAGAUGAGACAGAAACCACGCCAUCACUGCAGAACAGCGAUGACAUCCUGUACUGCGAAGCCGAAGCCCCUCCCACUGUUGAGAAGGAGAAACCCACCAGGGAGGACUCAGAAACCGACUUGGAAAUUGAAGACACAGAGAAAUUCUUCACCAUCGGACAGAAGGAACUGUACCUGGAGGCCUGCAGACUGGUGGGCGUAGUGCCUGCCUCCUACUUCAUCCGGAACAUGGAGGAGUCCUGCAUGAACCUCAACCAUCAUGGGCUGGGCCCCAAGGGUACCAAGGCCAUUGCUAUAACUCUGGUGUCCAACACAACGAUUCUCAAACUGGAACUAGAAGACAACGCCAUCAUGGAGGAGGGCGUCCUGAGUCUGGUGGAGAUGCUUCAUGAGAAUUACUACCUCCAGGAGCUGAACAUGUCUGACAAUGACCUUGGUUUGGAGGGAGCCAGGAUCAUCUCAGACUUCCUCCAGGAAAACAAUUCUUCACUCUGGAAACUGAAACUUUCAGGAAACAACUUCAAGGAAGAAUCUGCUGCGCUUUUAUGCCAAGCCCUGUCGUCCAAUUACAGAAUUAGGUCACUGAACCUCAGCCACAACCAAUUCUCUGAUGUAGCAGGGGAGCAUCUGGGACAGAUGCUAGCCCUCAAUGUAGGGCUCCAGUCGCUGAACCUAAGCUGGAAUCACUUCCACAUUCGGGCGGCUGUGGCCCUGUGUAGCGGUCUCCGGAAAUUGGACGUGUCCAUGAAUGGCUUUGGGAAUGAAGGCGCUCUGGCCCUGGGGGAUGUCCUCAGACUCAACAGCUGUCUGGUCUACAUCGACAUCAGCAGCAAUGGCAUCACCAAUGAGGGAGCCUCCAGAAUCAGCAAGGGACUAGAAGUCAACGAGAGCCUCCAAGUGCUGAAGCUCUUCCUGAACCCUAUGAGUAUGGAGGGGGCAGUUCAUCUCAUCAUGUCCAUCAAGAGGAACCCCAAAUCCAGGAUGGAAGAGCUUGACAUUUCUAACAUUCUGGUAACAGAGCAAUUUGUAAAAGUCCUGGAUGGAGUCUGUGCCAUUCACCCCCAGCUGGAUGUGUUAUACAAGGGAUUGCAGGGUCUCUCCAGCAAGAAAACCGCCUCUCUGUGGACCAACCCCAUGAAACUGAUCCAGAACUACACAGAACAACAGAAGAUCUCAACUGUGGAGUUCUUCAAGAGCUUGAAUCCAGCGGGAUCAAUGAUAAUGCCUGUGGGGGACUUUCGGAAAGCCAUGAUACAGCAAAACAAGGUCCCCAUCAACCGGUACCAGGUCAGGGAGCUCCUAAAGAAACUGGAUGAGAAGAACGGUAUGGUGGACUUCAGGCGCCUGCCAGAGUCAGAAGCCCAGCCCGCAAGAACUGGCCUCAUCCCUGAGAGUCCCGCUGAGACGCCACCUCUCCGUGUUGUGUUCUACUUUGCCCAGCAGGCGGCGCUCUGA